GCGAGAGCAAUAUUACCGACGACAAAUCGACAAACCACCAUCGCUUACUUUGGGAUUAAUCAGCCUGUUUCUUUUCUCUUCCAUCUUCCCGUGCCAAAACCGCCAUCUUGCGGGCUUCCAAAGAGAGCCUCUAUACCACCGGCGCCUGCACAAUCGCACUCUGUAACAAGGAAGGGCAGCGACUAGCACCUCAGCGAGAACCCGGUCCACAUAAGCUCACCAAGCCGUCCGCUCGCGGAGAAGCUCUUCUUUCCUUCUCGGCAGGUCACUCAGGGCGUCCAGCGUUGAGCAAAGAUUUCCACACGUCUCGAUCCUCUUUUCGUCCCUUCCUACUGGAACCGUGAGGCGUAGAUCGUUUCAGGGACGAUAUCCCGGACUUGCCCUCCUUUCGUAUACCGAAGCUCAACGCAAGUGCCACUGUUUGCGUCCUCCCGGCAACUCGCCAACUGCUCAGACGACUCUCGCCGACAGCGCCAGUAGAGCAAAGCAGUCCAAGCUGCCUGGAUCAAAGCAGAGCGUGUAACGGUAUCUAUUUCUCCUUUCACAAGCAAGCACAGGCCGUCCCUGCUAUACUUGUUCCUUGACCCGCCAUCCCCCCACUUUCGGCACAGCGAGUCAGCCUCGUUUGAUCAUAUCCUUCUACGCCCCCAUCGCCGCAUCUACCCGCUCUCACCAAAGAAAGCAUCGCCUUGCAAGGCUCGCCCGCGACUCGGUUUUUAUGUAACUUGCGAACAGGUCGACCACACGACAACUACCUAGCGACCGAAUAACACAGGUGAGGGUGGCGCUCGACACUCGACCAAAGCAGGAACUCGUCAGUUUCAAGUGAAGGUGUGCGUGCUCGAGCUUUCAGCUUUGAAGUUGUUGUUUCUGAAACGCUCCCCUCGACCGCAGCCUAGGCGUGCACCACCUACCUGUCUUAGUCUGAGACGCGCAUACGACAGUCGCUGCGACAACGUCUUGCAUCACUUAUUAUAGAAAGCUUUCACGACACUCUCGACAAGGCGCGCGGGAAGUCCUCGGCGAGGAGAAUUGAACCAUUUCUGUAACUCAAAGAUCACGCCUCAAGUGUUAAGCACAACCGUAAUCACCACCCGACGCAUCCACUCACAACUAUACACCCGUCCGAACCGGCCUCUGAAUCGAGACCAACGUGGACUCGAUCGUGUCCGCCCAGACUGCUAUCUUUCAACUCGGUAAACAGCAUUUCAACACCAUCUCGCAUUGUUCCAACAUUCUUCUAUCUCUUCUUUCGACGAUUCGUCAAACUAUAUAUUAUAAAGUUGUCAUUGAUCAGCACUCUCGCAAGCUCAGAUCAACAACGUCCGACAUCCGACAACACCAUACUUUGAGACGAAAGGAAGUCGGUCUCGUACAUUUCAUCAUUCGAAGUCGUCUCGCCAAACACUUCCGUUCCAGGUCCUUCCGUCCUCCCCUCCACUAUGUCACAUUCGCUCGAGCAAAGUCGGCCCAGCGAGACGCCAUCGAAACGUCGUUUGUCGCUUCGGUCGGGCCACGAUUCAGAAAAGAAGCAGAAGCAAGAGCACGGCUUUUCCCACGAGGGGUCGCGGUCGUCUUCGCAGACGAAUGCUCAUACCGACGGAGAUGGUCCUAACACCGGUACUUCUUCAAAAUUUCUCCAGACUGCCUCGACAAUGUCCUCUCCCGCGAGUUCUGCUGGCGGCGACGAGCUUUCUGGCCAGGAGAUGCCUUCAAUCCGGCCGUUCAAUGGUUCUGCCUCAAACCACUCUACUGCUCGUCCCAAACACCGACGACAGCCGUCAUUCCCGUCGACGUGGCCGGCUGGGGAAAGUGACAUACACAGCGACAGAACGUCGGCAUCUACAGGCUUACAUUCCAACGCUUCCACCUCUAAAUCGUCCAUCGCCAGUCGCCAACAUGUCAAUCCCAACCCUCCUUCGCGGCAUUCUAGUCCCCAGGCGAGCUUCAACCUUUCAACGGGUCAGCCGCUCGUCAACCCUCCCCCAAAGACUCAGGCGGCGUUUGUCGGCAAGCUGUACUCUAUGUUGGAGGAUGAGGAAAUCGCCAAGACGGGUUUGAUAGCGUGGUCAGCCGAGGGCACCACGUUUACAGUGCCGAAUCCAACCGAAUUCUCCAAAAUUGUUUUACCGAGAUUCUUCAAGCACAAUAAUUGGCAAAGUUUUGUCCGUCAACUAAACAUGUAUUCAUUUAACAAGGUGAACGACAUUUACUCCACUUCCACCGAUCCUCAAGCUUGGGAAUUCCGACACAACCUUUUCCGCCGUGGCGAGCAGCAUCUUCUCCCCAGUAUCAAGCGGAAAUCCUCCCGGCCCAGCGCGGCCGAGGGAGCUCCUUUGGCUUCUCCCACCGAUGAUUCAGGACCCGAGGUGCCCAAGGCUGUGGCCGGUUGGAUGAGAGAUGUCGGUCCAGUCGGCUACCACCCUCAUCACCACAUGCCAUCACCCAACGCUGCCUCACGCGCCCCUCUCUACCCCUAUACCGAUGCUCCGCUCGCUCCUCCCAAACUCGAUAGACCGCCUUCCCGCGGGGCGCCCGCUUGGGAUCCCCGACAUCCUGGAGCCUCGCAGCGUAUGCCGCCGCCCGAUAACCAGGUCCCCGUUCGGUAUCACCCUGAUCCGAGCCGGCCUCCCUUAUCGGCCGGAAGGUAUAUGCCGCCUGGGUAUGCCGAGCCACCUGUGUACGGGCAUCCGUCGCAGAUGGUAGAUACGCUUGUGUCGCAAGUGAUGCUGUUGGAGGACAAGGUGCAGAGACUCACCGACGUACUCAACAAUGAUAGGAUUGAGCACGUCAGGAACAAUCUGGACUUUACGAGUUAUUUGUUGCAGAUGGUGGGGUGGGCUGCUGGAGAACAACAUUCACCCGAGCUGCGUGCUUUGCAAGAUACUCUGAGCCGACAGAACGCCGACAUGCGUCAAAAGUAUGAAGCAUUCAUGGCGUCAGAUGCCUUGGCUAUCAUGGCGAGCGGCGGUGGCGGACGAAGUGAAGAGAGAGAGGGUCGAGAACGGGAAAGAGAGAGGGGAAGAUUUGGCUUUGAAACGCCUCCUCCAUUUGCCUCUCAUCGAUCAGCCGUCGCCGACCCCCGGCUUCCUCAAACGUCACAAUCCAGUGGCAAUAUCCUCCCUCCCGGCCAGCGGCCCUCGUCUCUUCCCUCUGGCCAACACAUUACCCCUCGAACGUCGCCUCUCAGCACCAUGUACCCCGAGACACACCACCUCCCGCGUCCUUCAACCUCAGACAGUAUCCGAGAACGGGAAGCAUACAUGACGGCUUAUCCACCAUCUCUUCCUCCUCAUACCCAUCAUUCCGGUAUGGGUGCUGGCCCUCUUUCGGCAGGCCCAAGGGUGCCUAUCAACCCUCCGCCAUUCGGAUCGGGCACGGGCUUAGGCGUCUCGGUGCCCCCGCCCGGGUUCAGGACGGGCGCAUCCACCCAGGAUUCCAGCGAACGGCUGAAGCCUGUGGAGACCAGUCGCGACAGUGAGAAGGACAAGUCCCAUCGAUCGGCGGGAGUGGGGUCAAAUAAAGAGAAGGACAGGAAGAAGGGUGUAGACAUGUCUUAUCCCUCGCCGGCAGUGGAAAGCAAGGCCAAAACGGGAUUGAAGAAUCUCCUCAAUUGAUGUCAUCCCCUUGUAUAGCUUGUCCUACCCUUUUGCUUAUCGCUCCUACUAUUUUUUGUAAUAUUUUUGAGACGAUGAUGAUUCUUUCAUGAGACGAAGUUGGCCGUACGAACGCAGAGCAGUCUUCACAAAAAAAGUAUAGUUUGCGACUUGAGCAUCAAUUUUGAAAAUAUUGCGUUUGGGUCUCUAUUUCUCUUUCCUUCUUCUUUGGCUUGGCAAUUUCAUUGCAUUUGUUUCCUAUAGGUCGGCGUGUCAAGAUCGGUAGAUUAGAUAGUGAUCUCAUUCCUACACGGAUUCCUACAUUCAUACCGAAUUCACCGCAUCAUCUUCUCUUCAUGUUGCGCCAUAUCUUUCAUUGAGUAGCCUAUUGGAUGUACUCGUAAUGUUAUCAUGCAUCAUCCGUUCCCUGCAA